UUGAAUUUUCAGGUUGUUCCGGUUGCACAUUAUACUCAGAAUGAAACUGCUUCUUUCCAUCGAAAGCACAAGGCUGGGCAGGAACUCUCAUUUGAUCGAGGUGCUAUAGAAGAACAUGGCCCACUGAAGAUGUUAAAUGAAGCAGAGUUACGUUGGAAACUCGAGGAAGCUCGUAAAGUGAAAGAAAAGAAAGAGGAGGAGGACGACUUACAUCCCGAUGAUAGAGCUAGAGAAGAUGAGUAUGUAAAUGAAAUAAAAGAUCCAGAUGAACGUGACUACAAAGAUGGCAACUGA